AAACCAAUUCCAUGGUAGUCCUCGACCAGCCCAGAAACAGCUGGAGCAAGAGGGCUCUUUGAAGUCCAGGGCUUGCCAAAGGAAUUUUCCACACGUCUCGUUACCAGUGGUCCCUCUCAGAGGGUUAGGGUAGGAUUUGUGGAUCCACUUCAUCUCAGACCAUGGCAAGCCGGGGCCUGCCCCUUUACUUGGCCACCCUCUUGACUGGGCUGCUGGAAUGCAUUGGUUUUGCUGGUGUCCUCUUUGGCUGGACUUCACUGUUGUUUGUGUUCAAAAAAGAAGGCUACUUUGCAGAGCCCUGUGAGGAGGACUGCCAGCUCAACAGCAAUGCAACAGGGCCCCCUGGCUCAGAAGCUCAGGAUGAGAAGUUCUCACUCAUCUUCACCCUGGCAUCCUUCAUGAACAACUUCAUGACCUUCCCUACCGGCUAUGUCUUUGACCGCUUCAAGACUACUGUGGCCCGCCUUAUAGCCAUAUUUUUCUACACUUGUGCCACACUCAUCAUUGCCUUCACCUCUGCAGACUCUGCCCUGCUGCUCUUCCUGGCCAUGCCCAUGCUCGCUGUUGGAGGAAUCCUGUUUCUCAUCACCAACUUACAGAUUGGGAAUCUCUUUGGCAAACACCGCUCCACCAUCAUCACCCUCUACAAUGGAGCAUUUGACUCCUCCUCAGUAGUCUUCCUCAUCAUUAAGCUCCUUCAUGAACGGGACAUCAGCCUCAGAGCCUCCUUCCUCUUCCUGUCUGCCUGCAGUGUGUGGCAUGUUGGGCGCACUUUUUUCCUGAUGCCUCGGGGACAUAUCCCCUACCCACUCCCUCCCAACUACAGUUAUGGUUUGUGCUCCAGGUUUGGCAUCAGAAAGGAAGAGAAGGAACCUGAGCAUGAAACCAAGGAGCUGCAGUCAAAGGAAUUUCUUUCACCAAAGGAAGACAACUCCGGACCAGGGCAGCAGCAGGAGCAGCAGCAGCAGCAGCAGCAGCAGCAGCAGCAGCAGAGCUCAUUUCGAAGCUGUGUGUUCUCUCGUCGAUUCAUCUUGCAUGUGGUGUGGUUGUCUACCAUCCAGUUAUGGCAUUACCUCUUCAUUGGCACUCUCAACUCUCUAUUAACCAGCUUGGCUGGUAGUGACAGUGUGCAAGUCAGUGCCUUCACAAAUGCCUUCGCCAUCACCCAGUUUUUUGGGGUGCUGUGUGCCCCCUGGAAUGGCUUGCUCAUGGACCGCCUUAAACAGAAGUAUCAGAAGGAAGCCAAAAAGACAGGUUCCCCCUCCUCGGCUGCAGCUCUCUGCUCCACAGUGCCUUCACUGGCCUUGACGUCCCUGCUGUGCCUGGGCUUUAUCCUGUGUGCCUCCAUUCCUGUCAUCCAGCUACAGUAUGCCACCUUCAUCCUGCAAGUGAUCAGCCGCUCCUUCCUCUAUGGGUGCAAUGCUGCUUUCCUCACGCUGGCUUUUCCUUCAGAGCAUUUUGGAAAGCUAUUUGGGCUGGUGAUGGCUUUGUCAGCUAUUGUGUCUUUGCUGCAGUUCCCCCUGUUCAAACUCUCCCCCCAGAACAUCGCUGUUUAUGUGUCAAUGGGGCUUGCCAUUCUCCUCACCUUGGCUCAUCCCUUCCUGAUGUACCGAGAGUGCCAAGCUGAGAAAAGAAAACCAUCCGUGACUCCCUAGCCCAGAAGCUGUCAUGAUCUAGCCUUGAUGGUGCUUUUCCCAAUCCUUCUUCACCUUUGAAGAUCCAGUGUCCACAAAGACUCUGUCUAUCCCUGAGAAAUGUAUUAAGCAGCCAUAGGUUUUUUCUGCGGGUUUUGUUGUUGUUGUUGGUUUUUUUUUUUU